AUGUUUUCCGAAUUUCGAACAAACCCUCGCCAUAACUACGAUCAGACAGAUGACGAUGUCGAGUUUGACGAUAUCUCUGACUCGACCUCGGAACUUAGCUUGGGUCCACAGCUCAGAGAGUCUUUCUCGGAGUCACUUUCCUGGACCCAUAUCCAGUGUGAGCAAAGGGACAAGCCGCAAAAAGAACAGGCCACCUCAGCUAUAUUAGAGAGAACAAGUUAUCAACGGCUCAUGCCCCAGAGUGUUGUAAAAGCACAGAUAAGACGGACUGGAACCAAGAUUCAAGAUCGAUUACGUGAAAUUAUAAAGGAUUACCGCGAAAAGAUCCGAGAAUGCAACACUGGUGUGGAGGGUAUGAUAAUGGCAGCGCAAUACGUAAUUUUACACCCAAACUACACGGAAACAAUGGCUAACUAUUCCAAGGCCCAGGGAGAAACAAGUGUCGAGAUAGCACUAGCGACCGGGCAAGAUUCGCGCCACAUGCGAUCUAUCGCACUUGUCACAAUGCUAUUCCUACCAGGGACAUUCUUUGCUAGUAUCUUCUCCAUGGGGUUCUUUGAAUGGACAGGUAGUAACGGUUCAGUGGUGAUAUCUCAGUACUUCUGGAUCUAUGUAAUCCUAUCUGCAGGCUUUACGGCUCUUACUGUUGGAUUCUGGUGGUACGUAGGGGUCUAUCGCUACUCAAAACACCGACAUGUGACCUCUGAAACUGGAAAGAGGCUCUCUUUCAAGAUAAAGCGAAUACGGUCAGUAUUUGGGCAUAAGAUGGAAUAG